UAUCAAGAGAGCAUGGCUCACCUGGGUGAACGUAAAUGGACUCAUGUGUUCCCUUUUCUGGUGGUCUCCCUGGUGUACUCUGCCAGUGCCGAAUACUCCAACUGCGGUGAGAACGAAUACUACAACCAGACCACUGGCAUGUGCCACGACUGCCCCAAGUGCGAGCCAGGCGAAGAGCCUUACAUGACAUGUGGAUACGGCACCAAAGAUGAGGACUACGGCUGCAUCCCCUGCCCUUCGGAGAAGUUUUCCAGAGGAGGUUACCAGAUAUGCAGGCGGCACAAAGACUGCGAGGGGUUUUUUCGAGCCACAGUCAUGACACCUGGUGAUCAGGAGAACGAUGCAGAGUGUGGUCCUUGUCUCCCAGGUUACUACAUGCUGGAAAACAGACCUCGAAACAUAUACGGGAUGGUUUGCUACUCGUGCUUGUUGGCGCCUCCUAACACCAAGGAAUGUGCAGGGGCUACCUCUGGCAUUUCAGCCAUUUUCCCAAGUACCUCUGGCACAAGCACUUUCUCGCCUUACCAGCACGCUCACAAAGCAGAUCUUUCAGGACAAGGACAUCUGGCUACAGCUCUUAUAAUUGCAAUGUCUACCAUCUUCAUAAUGGCUAUUGCCAUUGUUCUCAUCAUCAUGUUUUACAUUGUGAAAACAAAACCUUCUGCUCAAGCCUGUUGCAAGAGCCACUCAGUAAAAAAUGUCGAAGCUCAGGCUAACACACAAGAAGAGAAGAAAGAAGUGCAAGAUAAUGUUGUGAUAUUCUCUGAGAAAGAAGAGUUUGAAAAACUUACAGCAACUCCAGCUAAGGCUGUUAAAAGUGAAAAUGAUGCAUCUUCUGAGAAUGAACGACUUUUAAGCCGUAGUAUGGAUAGUGAUGAAGAAGCUGCAGUUGACAAGCAAGGGACUCCAGAGAGAUGCUUGUUAUCUUUAGUGCAUUUGGCCAGAGAUAAAUCUUCUACAAGCAAUAAAUCAACUGGGAUUCAAAGUCGAAGGAAAAAGAUACUUGACGUGUAUGCUAACGUAUGCGACGUUGCAGAAGGUCUGAGCCCUACAGAGCUGCCAUUUGAUUGCCUGGAGAAGACCAGCCGAAUGCUCAGCUCGACCUACAACACAGAAAAAGCCAUAGUGAAAACGUGGCGCCACCUUGCCGAGAGCUUUGGACUGAAGAGAGAUGAGAUAGGUGGUAUGACAGAUGGCAUGCAGCUAUUUGAUCGCAUCAGCACAGCAGGUUACAGCAUCCCAGAACUGCUAACCAAACUGGUGCAAAUUGAGCGGCUGGAUGCUGUCGAAUCCUUGUGUGCAGAUAUUCUGGAGUGGGCGCAAGCUAUGCCUGCUCCUGAACCGGCAGGGACAUCCUGACACGCCUGCCUGGGACCUGCGCUUCCACAUCACCUGCAAGAACCAUGAUUCCGGCAAGCACCACGUCAAAGACUUUGGACAAAAUACCAUUGAUGUUUCUUCUACAUAAUCGCUCCCGAUAACCAACGGGAAGCUCUUCUCUUUGACUGCUAAAAAAAGUGAAGUUACACAUCUACCAAAACAAGAGCAGAAAUCUCCCAAGAAGCUUGGUAUGAAACACGUCAUUAAACAAAAUGAUCAUGUUAAACAGUUACUGAUAAUAAGUGGACACACAAACAUCCAUUUUGCGGUCUGUGUAUGAGUGUAAGUGCAGAUAACCCUGCUGACACCCUUCCUGCCUGGCCUUCAAGAAAUCCAUUGAAUUGCUGUCUGAAAAUAUUCCUGUCUCUUAGGGCUUCAUUCAACGAUUUAAUAGUUACAGUCAAAAGCAGUACCACAGCUACAGUACCAAUUAAUGCACAUUAGGCACGUACAUUUCUAUCGGCUCUAACACAUUUAAUAUGUAACCAGUUUCAUUUUCUAUACUUACUGUGGGUUUGUUGAAUCUAGAAGUAUGUGCAUAGGUGUAUAUACACAGUCCUCAGAUUACCUAACUAUACUAUGUGAAAAAAGAGUCAACAUAAUUUACAGAUUGAAGUGCUUCAAAACGCUGUACAUAAUGCAUGUAAAUGCACUCCUGGUCCAUACUGACAUUUCAGAAGUUGUAAAUUCACACUGCUGACUUGCUGAGGACAAGCUGGUUAGCAAGUGGGCAGUAAAAGCUGGGAGUCACUCCUUGUAAACUGAGAGCAACAAGUUCUUCUCUUCUUUGCCAUUACAAAAAAAAGAAGCAAUGAAAACAGCUUGUCCACUACCAUGAAAAAUGUAUUUUUCCAGUAGUGACAUCUAUAUAUCAAAUAUUUGAAGCAGAGGAAUUUUGGACAACAGUGGUGCACAUUUGACACUAAGAGCAAAAGGAGUAGAUUUCUUUAGAGACACUUGAAAUGCAGAGGAAAAGGUGUUUUUUAAAUGCUAUACUCUUGUAAAUGUAGACCAUGAGCAUAGAAUCCACAGGUGAAAAUCAACUCCUCUGGAAGGUGAAGCAUUAUUGUGAGUUUGUGUACAACAAAAAUUGACCUUAUUUCCUUCCUUUUAACUGAUUUUCAUGGUUAAAAGUUCUCUAAAACUUAUUCAGACCACAAAUCAGUAGCUGUUACCAAACCUAUUUGCUUAAUUUAUAGCUAAAAUGAGUGAUGACGGAUUGCAACAAGUGCAACCACUAAAUUAAGAGAGGUGUCAGUUACAAACCAAUAUUAAAUUCCAAAAUGCAUGACUGAACAAAAUGCUAUAAAAAAUAUUAACUAUUACCCUGAAGUUAACAGCCAGUAUUCCAUCACUUAGUCACUAGAUCUUAUCUAUGAUAGUAUCAUAAUUGUACGGAACAUUUAGUAUCACCCCUUAACAUCUAUAUUUAGUAUCUUUUCAGCACUUGAUUUGUAUAGCAGAGGAAGUACAUACUGCAACAUAAAACCUAUCCCUCUCAUUAUUCUUCUUCCACCAUUUCUUUCGUAUCA